AUGCUUCUCGCCACCGCGCGCGUUCUGGUGACGGAUCAAUUCGGAACUUUACACGCGGUUCGAGCCCUCAUGGAUCCGGGAUCAGAGACUUCGUUGAUCACGGAAUCGCUGGCCCAACGUCUGCGACUGCCGCGGACACCGGCGUCCGUGGCAAUUUACGGAGUGGGCGGGUUGAGGUCGGGUGUGUCGCGGGGACGAAUCGCGAUGAAUCUGACCUCGCGCAAUGGAAACGCGGUAUUUGCCAUCUCCGCCUUGGUGAUGCCAAGACUCUCGAUUUACGGUGGUUCCGUGGAAGCUAACUCCAGCGGAUGGUCGCACAUCCGCGGCCUUGAUCUCGCUGACCCUGACUUCAGUUCUACGGACCCAGUCGAGCUGCUACUCGGUGUCGACGUCUACGCCAAGGUGGCACGAUCAGGCAUGCGGCUGGGAGGUGAUGAGGAACCAAUUGCGCAGCAGACUGCUCUGGGAUGGAUCAUCAUGGGUCCGGUAAGCACUUGUCAGGUGACCACAGCCUUGACUUCGUUGCAGUGCUCCGCUGUUGACGAUUUGAACGCAUUGGUGCGUCGAUUUUGGGAACUGGAGGAGCCGCCGCGGGCGACACUCCCCCUGUCUCCGGGCGACGCGGCUUGCGAGGAGCAUUGCUUGCGGUCGCAUUCACGGGACGCCUCGGGACGUUACGUCGUCCGACUCGCGACUCGUUCGGCUCUGCCGGACUUACGUGACACGCGACUCACCGCGCUGCGAGUGUUGCAGGCGAACGAGCACCGCUUCCGGAGGGAAGUCGCUCUUCGCGACGCGUACUCACAAUUCAUGACCGAGUACCUCGAGCUUGGCCACAUGACGCCGGCGUCUUCCUUACCGGCGGACUGUUCACGCGCCUGUUACCUGCCCCAUCACGGAGUAUGGAAGGGCGGCGGCGAGGAGGCUAGGAUCCGUGUCGUGUUCAACGGUUCUUCACGGACAUCCUCCUUAAAUGGCGAACUUCUUGCAGGGCCGAAUUUGUUGCCGACGCUCUGCGACGUGAUAAUGCGCUGGCGUAAACACCAGUUUGUUCUCGCUGCGGACAUCGAAAAGAUAUACCGGCAGAUUUGGGUGCAUCCGGAAGACCGUGACCCUCAACGGAUUUACUGGAGGAUAGGCAGCCGAGUCCAGGAGUUCCACCUUAACACGGUUACUUACGGCCUGGCCAGUGCACCCUACUUGGCUGUUCGAACGUUGCGUCAGCUUGCCGAGGACGAGGGUGAACGCUUUCCUCGAGCCGCUGAGGCCCUGCCGCGGGACACCUAUGUGGACGAUGUACUGUCUGGGGCUUCAUCUCAGCUCGAGACCUGCGAGCUGCGCGAGCAGCUGACUCAGUUGUACUUGGCGGGCGGCUUCCGCUUGCGCAAGUGGGUCGCCAACCAUGAAGACCUGCUGCGCGACAUCCCCGCUGAGCACCGGUCGUCGCUGCCGUCGACGGUCGCGUUGACGUCGGAGGAGCACGACGUCCUGGGGAUACGUUGGCUUCCCGCUGAGGACAGCUUUGCUCCAACUGUCAAGAGCAUGACAGAGGAGCUGGUCACCAAGCGCACGGUGUUGAGGCAAACCGCGCGUCUCUUCGACCCGCUGGGCUGGCUCGCCCCGGUCGUAAUAAAUGCUAAACUUCUCAUUCAGGCGGCCUGGCUACGGCGACUUGACUGGGAUGCUCCCCUUGCUGCGGAAGACGUGGAGUGCUGGCGACGGUUGCGGACGGAGCUGCCCGUCCUGGAGGAGAUCCGCAUCCCGCGCUGGUCACGUGCGGAUUCUCUGGGCGCGCUUAUUGAGAUGCACGGUUUCGCCGAUGCGUCGGAACGCGCCUACGGAGCGGUUUUAUACCUCCGCACAAUCGCGGACGGCAGGGCGUGGCUGACGCUGCUGAUCGCCAAGACGCGAGUCGCGCCGCUCAGACAGGUCUCCCUUCCGCGACUGGAGCUUUGCGCGGCUGCUCUGUUGGCUCGGAUCGCGGCUCACACCGCUUCCGUCCUAGCACUGGAUGGAGCGGCGAUUCACCUUUGGACGGACUCCACAGUCGUUCUGGGAUGGCUUCAGGGACAUCCCACGCGAUGGACAACCUUCGUGGCAAACAGGGUCGCCGAGGUUCAAGGAACACUGCCGGACGCGCACUGGCAUCACGUGCCGGGGCGGAUCAAUCCGGCCGAUUGUGCGUCACGGGGAAUGUCACCCCUGGAGCUGCGAGCGCACGAGCUCUGGUGGCGAGGAUCUCAGUACCUGUGGGCGAGCUCUGCGGCUUGGCUGGCCGAGACAGCGGUGGCCUUGAGUCGUGGGCUGCCUGAGCAGCGAGCUGCUCGGGUCCACAUCGCUUGCGAGGGGCAAGAACCGGAGGAGCUGACUCGCUUCUCCUCGUUGCGCCGUUUGCUUCGGGUGACCGCCUGGAUGCGCCGCUGGUUGACGUUGGCAACUUCGCGUGCCGACUUGACGCGGGGGGCAGUGCUCUCGGCUACUGAGCUGACUGACGCUCGGGCCAUGUGGAUCCGAUGCGCGCAGAGGAUUGCCUUCAGGGACGAGAUUAAGGCUCUGUCGAGGGGGCGUAUCGGGCGCUCUCGGGGUCCACUCCGGUUGUUGAGUCCGUUUCUCGACGAUAGGGGACUGCUGCGCGUGGGUGGUCGACUGAAGCACGCGCUGUUGAGUGUGGACCAGCGUCAUCCCAUAAUACUUCCGCAGGGUUCUCAUCUCACCUAUCUGGUGGUCGCUGACGAGCACGACCGUGUUCUUCAUGGAGGCACCCAAUUAACUCUCGCAUCGUUGCGUAGGAGGUACUGGGUAUUGCGAGGUCGGCAAUUGGUGAAGCACUACAUUCAUCGUUGUCUUCCAUGCUUGCGAUGGCGGGCGGCGAAUCCCCAACCACGGAUGGGCAGCCUCCCACGAGCCAGAGUCGUUCCGAGUCGACCGUUCACUCAUACGGGCUUGGACUACGCUGGACCGAUCCUCCUGCGCACCACGAAGGGUCGAGGUCACAGGGCCUACAAGGCCUUUGUGGCAGUCUUUGUUUGUUUCAGUUCGCAAGCCGUCCACCUCGAAGUCGUUAGCGACUACACAGCUGAUGCCUUUCUUGCAGCGUUCCGGCGCUUCGUGUCCCGCAGAGGAUUGUGCUUGCACCUGUACAGUGACUACGGGACUAACUUCGUGGGCGCGGAUCGACAGCUGCGCGGUCUUUUGGGAAUGGCGAGCGAAAGUAGCCGGAGUAUCGUAGGAAAGCUAGCGGAGGAGGGUGUGGAGUGGCACUUCAACCCUCCCGCUGCCCCUCACUUUGGGGGCCUCUGGGAAGCUGCGGUCAAGGCCUUCAAAUACCAUCUGCGCCGAGUCAUCGGCGAGUCAACACUGACUUACGAGGAGAUGGCUACAUUUUUGGCCGAAGUAGAGGCGUGUCUCAACUCUCGACCGUUACAGGCGCUUUCGGACGACGUCGACGAGUUGGAUGUGUUGACACCGGGUCAUUUUCUCGUUGGCGCUCCGUUGAAGGCUAUCCCCGAACCAGCACUGACGGGGAUUUCUCCCAGUAAGCUGACACGCUGGAAGCUACUCCAGCAAAUGAGGGACCAUCUUUGGCAGCGAUGGUCGCAAUACCUCCAGACGCUGACCCCUCGACCAAGGUGGUGGCGUGCGGAGGGUGGCUUGAAGGAGGGCCAGCUUUGCCUGCUGAAGCAGGAAACAACGCCACCGACGCGGUGGCCCUUGGUGUGUGUCACGCGUCUCCACCCGGGUGAUGAUGGCGAGGUGCGGGUCGUGACCGUUCGGGGAGUUACAGGGGAGCUUCGGCGGCCAGUUAUCAAGCUCGUCCCUCUUCCGACGGACGAGGAGAGUACGCAGCGCCAUGCUUAG